CUGAUCAGCUCUAGCGCCGCACUUCACUAGCUCUGCCCUGCUUGCUCACUCUCCCACGGCAAGCUAGCACCAUCGACCACAUCUGUUUCUCAUCGGAGGAGAGAAGCUCUGCGAGAGAGGAAGUUGGUUGAGAUGGGUUCGGAGACGUUCGUGGAGAUCCUGCUGGCCAUCUUGCUGCCGCCGGUCGGCGUCUUCCUCCGCUACGGCAUCGGCGUGGAGUUCUGGAUCUGCCUGCUGCUCACGCUGCUGGGCUACAUCCCCGGCAUCAUCUACGCCAUCUUCGUCCUCGUCGCAUAGCUUGUUCACCAAUUAAUCAGAUCGGACUCUUGGAGAUAGCUAGAUAGAUAGAUCCAGAGGCAUCUCUGUUCCAGUUGCUCUAUCUGUUCAUGGAUGAGAUGGCUGGCGCAUCGGUGUAAGCAGGACCUCUGCUCCAUGAAUAACCACCAUGCAUGCCGGUUCAGUUACUAGACCAGCUACUACUGUUUUUGUACUCUUGUGCUGAGCGCUAUGUACUGCCGUUCUGUGCGUAUGGUUGUGCGCAUCACUUCUCCAAAUUAAUCUGUAUGCACGUAGUAUGUACCUUGCAUUUGUGUUUUGUGCUA